ACACAGCCUUUUUGAUUAUAAAAGGCCCUCCAAACCAGCUGAUCUUCACAUUGAAAAACAUUCUCACAUUCUCACAAACAAUAAGCUAAAGAUGGAAGGUGCUUCGUUGCCGCCGGCUCCCAUUUUCAAGAGGUUGGAAGGAAAGGUAGCUUUGAUAACCGGAGGCGCCAGUGGAAUUGGCGAGACUACGGCAAGGCUAUUCGUUCAGCAUGGCGCUAAGGUUAUCAUUGCUGAUGUCCAAGAUGACAUUGGGCACUCCGUUUGCCGCGACAUAGGCACCGCUGAUGACAUCUCCUAUGUCCAUUGUGAUGUUACCAACGAAUCUGAUGUCCAAAAUGCUGUCAAAACCGCGGUCUCAAAGCAUGGGAAACUUGACAUAUUGUUCAGCAACGCAGGAAUUACCAACGCUGAUGACGGCAUCUUAGAGUUUGACCGCGAGAAAUACAACAGGGUCUUUAAUGUGAACGUCUUGGGGGGAUUCCUAGCAGCCAAACACGCUGCCAAAGUAAUGAUUCCAGCGAAAAAAGGCAGCAUUUUAUUCACGUCAAGCACUGCGUCAGUGAUACAUGGAGAAACCCCGCACAUCUACGCGGCGUCCAAGCAUGCGUUGGUGGGAUUGACCAAGAAUUUGUGUGUGGAGUUGGGGGAGUAUGGAAUUAGAGUUAAUUGCGUAUCACCGUCCGGCGUGGCCACUCCUUUGCUAAGGAAUGUGUCUGGAAUACAGGAUAAGAAAACAUUGGAAGACGUGAUUUGUUCAGCUGCAAAUCUGAAAGGGGUGGUGUUAGGGACCGACGAUGUUGCAGAGGCAGCACUGUUCUUGGUGAGCGAUGAGUCUAAGUACGUGAGUGGCCUCAACCUAGUCCUGGACGGUGGUCAUAGCACCACCAACAAAGCUAUUAGGGACGGCAAAGAAAAGCACCGUUCUUAAUAACCCAAACACACACACACACACACACAUAACACACACACACACACACACACACACACACACACACACAUAUAUAUAUAUUUGAUUCAAAUAAUUUGAUAAUUUAUGUAAUUGUUUCAAUUCACACUCUGCAAUUGUUUGACUUUGUCUACAAUUGCAAUGUAUUCCAUCCAACCAAACUUCGUGUUGGUGCAUGCAUGUAACAGCAAUAUAUACAAUAAACACCUCAAAUUGGUUCCUUUUA